AUGUCCAAGACCAUUGUUGUCAUAGGUGUUACUGGAGCUCAGGGAGGAUCCGUGGCUCAAACAUUCCUCCAGCUCCCCGGAUGGAAUGUCCGUGGCGUCACACGCAACCCUGAAGGGGAGCCCGCAACGCGUCUAAAGUCUGAAGGUGUUGAGAUCGUCCAAGGCGAUCUAGAUGAUAAGGAAUCCUUGAUCCGGGCUUUCAAGGGUGCUCACGUUAUCUUCUCCAACACUGAUUUCUUCACCCAUCUACAGCAGGCAAUGGCCCAACCCGAUAUAACAAAGAACCGUACGACCCUCGAAUACUCCUACGAUCGAGAAGUUAUCCAAGGCAUCAAUAUUGCAGAAGCAGCAGCAGACCCCUCAGUCAUCAAGACUCUGGAGCGCUUUGUCAUGUCAACACUCAGCCAUGCCACAAAGUGGAGUGGUGGGAAGUACACAAAGGUCUAUCAUUUUGACAGCAAAGCCGCAAUGAUCAAGGCUACUGAGGAACGUUUCCCGGAAGUAGCAGCUAGAAUGAGUACCGUGACUAUCGGGCAUUAUGUCACAGUUUGGAAGCUUUUCGACAGACUAGCUCCCAAGCUUCAGCCGGAUGGUAGUUAUUUAAUGGCCAGAAACACGCCGUCGGAGUUCAAGAUGCCGUUCAUCGUCACAGAGCGGGACACAGGUGCUUUUGUCAAGGCCUUAGUUGAUCUGCCGCCUAACAAACAUAUUCUGGGCGUCUCGGAGGAGAUGACCUUGCCUCAAUGGGUGGAGAUAUGGGGACGUGUUAAUGGAGUGAAAGCGGCGUACAAGGAAAUUUCACGAGAUGAAUUGUUUGAAGGCGUUCCGGAGGACUUUGCCAAUGAGAUUGGGGAUGCUUUCGAUUACUAUCAUGAGUUUGGCUUGUCUGGUGGAGAUCCAGCAGUGUUGCAUCCAGACCAGCUUGGGGUUAAGGUCCCGGUCACCUCGAUGGAGGAGUAUAUCAGAAGUGAAGAUUGGUCUACAGUCAUCCAGUCGCCCUAA